AUGGGUGUUCAUCUCUGCAAGGAGACCGCGGGCGUUGAAUGCUCGCUAGGUUCUCCUAAUACUGCCCCUGCCAAGGUCUCCGGCGGCUCCUACUCGUUCGACGGCCAGGUCUAUGGUCUCGAUAGCAAGGACUGCUUCAGGCGCGGUGGCGUCUGGGCGGAUAACAAUGGCAAGUGCUAUAUGACCAUGAACCACGUGUUCUGCGAUCAUUACAAGGGUAGCUGGAACACCGCUUGCAACUCCACUGCCCACACUCACAAGGAUCACUCUUCCUGCGACCCUGAAAAGUUCGGCUUCUGCACUGCCGCUCUGGGCCAGAUUGACGAUGGCCCUGUCUACAAGUUCAAAUUCACUACUUUCGAGAGCAGCAAGGAGCUUUACUUGGGCAGCAACAUCACUUUCGUGAUCUACAACGGUACUUCCGAUGGCUACAAGCAAAUCUUUUGGUCGGGUUGAUUUCCGGUUAGGUCCCAUCCCCGUACACUUAUUGUCUUGGGGUAUACACCCGGGUGGAAUAUGUGUCUGGCUUUCAUCGCAGCUAGUGUUACUGGAAUUCUCCAGUAUUCCAGGAUCUGCAGAUGAUACAUGCGAUAGCUAUAGAAAGUACUAGCAUACAAGGUACACACUAGAAUCUUAGAUGUCUCUACAAUAGAUUCUCUUUUCUAACUCCUUCUUGUGGUUCACAUUGUUCCAGACCGGCUCUCCAACCCUCCUCCUCACAUCGAGCUCACUGGCAGUCCCCUCUGGGUCCCUGUGAUACCCUUCAGGGCAUCCAACUCGGAAAAAUAUCCAUCGCCCAUCGAUAUCAUUCCCGCACUCGCAAGCCUGGCGCACGAAUUGGGCUUCCCAACCCCAUGGAUCAGCCAUACCUGCCCUGAUAAAGUCUGGGCGGUAGGUAUGGCCACACUUGGUGCAACACAGACCAAAAGGAACCUGAUAUGCGCGCUUAACGGUGGUGGUCGUGGCGAGCGCGUUCACGCAGGCCUGGCGGGUGAUGAGAUUCAUGAUACCCGUGACGUUGCAUCGUAUACAGAAGUUGUGACCACAGGUGUCGCAGACCAGAGGGUCAAAAGGCGAUGUGCCGUCACGGAGGAAGAGCUUAUUCGUGUGAUGCGAGCAGCAAUUCCAGAUGCCAUCGGCGGUCUUUGGGGGUGGCAGAGGAGGGGGAGGGGUGUAAGCCUCCACUUUUUGAGGUUGGUGAGUGUCUUUGUUGUCAAAAGCGCGGACGCCUUUGAAGAGAUUUUUGAAGUCUUUUAGGGACUUCAUCGUGAGCUUGUGGUGUUUUUGUUGUAGUUUCGGUCGUAGUUGUGGGUGCUUGUUUGUACUUUGGUUCUGCGAUGUUGUGUUGAAGUUAACGAUGAUCGGAGAGUGUUGUUUAGGAAGAUCUCUAUAUACACGUGUGUAGCGACUCUGUGAUUGUAUAUAGCU